CAGGUUGUUUAUGUUCAGAUUUUUAAAGGAUAGUUUAUAGAUGUAAACAUUUUCAUAAUGUAAUUUGACUUUUUUCAGUUAUUUUUUUACUGGUCUGGAUCCACUUUCGAUCCUACUGGGCUGAAUGCAGAACCUGAACUGAAGUGAGUUUGACUUCCCUGAUUUAAGGGAAACCGUCGGAUCUGUGUCGGUCCAGUGCCUUCCUGUUCUACGUGGGUUUAAUGUAGACGACAGUAGCCGUGUUUCCACGAAACUUCAAAACCGUUGAAAAAUUGUUGAAAUGUCAAAGAAGAAUUAUGUGUGUUUCUUUAAACCAGUUUGAAGUCAAUAAGUUAGUUUGUGUGAUGUCACCACAAGGUGGUGCUAUGGUUAGAACAGGGAUGGGUGGAGUAAGUGUGUUGUUUUAUUUUAUUUUUUUUUUAUUUAUUUAUGUUUGUAGCAGUUUGGUUUUGUUUUUUACAUCUACUUUUCCUCAAGACAAACCAUUAACCAAUAACUAGAAUCUUUUACUAUAAGCUACAUGAUGCAAGCAGGUGGUAGUUUGGAUUUAUAUACAAUUUUAGUUUGUAUUUUACAGUUUAGGUCUUUUUUUCACAUUCCACAAGAGGCUGAAAGUUGAUCAGUUAAUUCAGUAUAUUUCCCAAGUACAGCAGUCUGCUGCUGUAUUACAUCUAUAAGUAUACAUAAAUAUUUUAACCCCACUGGUUGGUUCUACCUGUUUCUACUGUCAGACAUAUUCUAGUUCUUUAUGGGAAUAUUUGGGAAAUGAUGGACAUCAGUCAUGAGUUCAGUGUAUCAGAACUGACUUGAUUAAGAUAUUAUAUUAGACGUUUCCCAUUUAGAGCAGUGAAUCUGGGGAUGUUGUAAGUUGGAGAUGUUUUUUUUCACACGUCUGUAAUGUUUUCAGUAUGAAAUUCCCAAAAAUCCAUUUAUGAAAACACGGCUACUGAAAACAGUAACUUGAAUGAUAUAAGAUCAAAACAAAAGUCAUAAAAGGGACGUCGUCUUGACAGUUGAACUAACAUUUUCACAUGUCACUUAAGGGCUUUUUCUGACAUAUUGACACUUUAAAGUUCUCAUCAAACAGUGAGUUGAAUGCUGUUUAGUUUUGUAUAUUAAUGUUUCUUGUUUUGGGGCAUGAAGAAAACGAAGUUGUGUAUUUGGAUACGCACCAUGAAUGCAGAGUAUGGGACCUACAAAAUAUUUUUUGAUGUAUUUGUUUCGAAUAAUUUAGUUUCAUGGGAUUUUAAGUGAUCCAUCAUAAAUAAUGACUAAAAGCAGAGGCAGCUCUACUCUUUAUAAAUAUUUAAAGUAUUGUUUUCAGCAUUUUUUUUUUGUCUUUAACAACUUCAGCUUCAAAACCAUUAAAAAAAUAAGAAUAAUGUUUCCCUUCCGGACAGUGUGGCCAUUUCAACAUUAAGAUAAUCUAUUGAUGGUUUGAAGAUAAGUGUUAGUGUUUUGUGUCUGGAUAAGAUGUAUUAAGUUCUUCCAGUUUUUGAGUUGAUUUUUUUAAUGCGGUUUGAACAGUUUUGUAAAAAAAUAAAAAAUCUGUAAUCUAUUUUGAAUUAAUUUAUGUGUAAAUGCAUAAGAUGUAACUAUUUUCAUGAUAAAGGUGAUUAAAUGGCUUCCCUGCGUUUAGUUUAGUGCGCUGUGCCAGUGUCACAUGACUUUUUUUUUUUUUUUUGCUCGUUAUUAAAGUAAACAAAGCCACUUAAGUGCCACUUCCGGGUUUUAUUUUGAAGUCUCAUGUUCUGUUUCCGCUUCCGGUGUAAUACUUGCGCAAACUACACUUCUUUCUCGUGCUUUCGCGCUUAUUGAACAUUUUAUGAAUGUUAAAAGUAACUUUACAGCAAAGUUAAAAUGGCAACAAAUUUGGUGUUUUAUUCGGAAACAAAAUCCAUCGUAGAGACUGUUAUUAAAACCGCCACCGACGUCGCAAAGUCACAAAAUGGACAUUUAACCAAAGAGACGCAUCCAUAUAAGCCACAGUUCGACACCAUCGUGGACAUGUUGGCUCGAGAAGCCACCAGAAAGAUCAGCUCCAUCUUCAGCCAGGUUCUGCUCCACAGAAACCGGAUCCUGAAGACCAGGGUGGAGCAGCUGGAGGCCGAGCUCAAGACCACGACCGAGAACUACGACAACGCCAGACGGUGGAGGGAGAACGUCCUGAAGGGCUGCCCCGUCGUCUUCCAGGACACUGGACUCAUCUACACCUUAAAACUGUUUGGAAAGUUAGUGGGACCCUCAGAGGAUGGGACCACAGGAACCUCAGACCCCAAAACAGCACCAGAGAUGCAGAACGGACCCGACUCUGAUGAUGCAGAGGAGAAUUCAACAGUAGCAGCAUCUUCCACCAACAGACCAGGUGGUGCAGAGGAGACUUCAGAACCAGAACCAUCUCAGACCAACAGACCAGACGCUGCUGUGGAUCCUGUCACUGAACCCACAGAGUCCAUGAACGCAACAGAACCCAGUAAAACCAGCAGCUCGACCCCGGCACAGACCAGGACCAGGAGGAAAGCCAAGGUCUUCAUCUGUGAAAUCUGUGAUAAGGUCUGUUACCGACAGUUCCACCUCCAGAAACACAUGAACACGCACCGAGAGAAGAAACGCUACGCCUGCGACCAGUGCCCCAAGAAGUUCUCCUACGAAAAGUCGUACGAGCAUCACCUGCUGCUGCACGAGGAAAAGAAGCACCGCACCUUCAAGUGUCCGCACUGCGAGAAGGCCUUCAAGAAGAAGACCAACCUCCAGAGUCACCUGAUCGUCCACUCGGACUCCAGACCCUUCACCUGCUCCACCUGCGCCAAAAGCUUCAAGACCAAACAGUGUCUGCGCUCCCACCAGGUGGUCCACAGCGCCGACAGGAAGUACAGCUGCUCCGACUGCGGCGAGACGUUCAGGUACGCCUUCACGCUGCGGUCCCACCGGAGCGUCCACACCGGAGUGUACCCGUUCAAAUGCUCCGAGUGCGGCAAAGCCUUCGCCAGGAAGAAGUCUCUGCAGAUGCACCACGCCGUCCACAGAGGGAAGGUGUUCACAUGUGAGACGUGUGGAGCCGGGUUCACCAUCCAGCAGAACCUGAGGAGGCACAUGCGCAUCCACACAGGUGAGCGGCCGUUUGUUUGUAAGAUCUGCGGACAGAGCUUCGUUCAGGAUAAACUCAAAGUCCACAUGCUGAUUCAUGGCGCCCCCAAGACCUUCAUGUGCGACCUGUGUGGAAAAACCUUUCUGUACAACUGUCACCUGAAGAAACACCAGAAAACCCACGACACCCAGAGGGUUUACAUGAGGAGGUACUACCCAUCGACCAAAAAACGCCAGGCGCGAACGGAGCCUCUGAACCGCAGAGUGAUCUACAGACGGGACAACACCACCGUGGAUCUGACGCCGUUCAGCUGUAAAACCUGCCACAAAUGCUUCGCCAGCGCCGGCGCCCUGAGCCAACACGAGCUCAGCCACGGCGGCUUUAAACAGUUCAACUGCGACAAGUGCGGGAAGUCCUUCUACCACAAAGCCACCUUCGACUACCACCAGCGGGUCCACUCCGGAGAACGGCCCUUCAGCUGCGACGUCUGCGGGAAAACCUUCAUCGUCAACCAGGCUCUGAAGCUCCACAAACUGCAGCACACCGGGGAGAAACCGCACGCCUGUGAGCACUGCGGGAAGGCCUUCAGGGUCCGGGCCAACUACAGUAAACACCUGCUGAUCCACACCGGGGAGAAACCGUACGAGUGUGAGGUCUGCGGGGUCCGCUUCAGACAGCUCACACAUGUCAAGUUCCACAUGCAGGUUCAUACGGGGGAACGGCCGUACUCCUGCAGCCGAUGUGGACUCGGAUUCUCCGACUCACGGCUGCUCAAGAAACACAGAUGUAAUGAGAAAUAUUUAUGAAAGAGAGGAUCCAGGACCCGAGCAUCUGGAGAUCAAAUAAAGAAUCUGUACCAACAC